UCAAGUCCUCGCUCGCGAAAGAGAAUAAUCACUUUCAGGCUCUAUCACUCUAAAACACACCACUCACAACAGAACAAGAAGAACAAGAACAAGAAAAACCGAUUCAAUUUACAAAACCAAACACGCGCACAAGCACAAGCACAAGCACAUUUGAUUUGAUUUCUCACCCCGAAACCCUAACCCCUCAUUUCGAUUCCAAUCGCAACGAGAUCCAUCCGAACGAGCUCAGAUUCGGUUUUGGAGAGAUCCAAUUCUCUCUCGUGAAUCUCCAUGGCGCAUCGAAGAGCCAAGCUGUUGUUCUUUCUAUGCGCUUUCUGCUAUUGUCUCAACGCCAUUGCUGGAAAGAGCUAUUAUGAUAUACUUCAACUGUCGAAAGGUGCAUCCGAUGAUCAAAUCAAGAGGGCGUAUAGGAAACUUGCAUUGAAGUAUCAUCCUGAUAAGAAUCCCGGCAAUGAAGAAGCUAAUAAGAGAUUUGCUGAGAUUAGCAAUGCUUAUGAAGUAUUGUCGGAUAGCGAGAAGAGAAAUAUCUAUGACAGGUAUGGUGAAGAGGGUUUGAAGCAGCAUGCUGCUAGUGGAGGCAGAGGUGGCGGAAUGAACAUGCAAGACAUUUUUAGCUCUUUCUUUGGUGGGGGAUCAAUGGAGGAUGAGGAGGAGAAAAUCGUAAAAGGUGAUGAUGUGAUUGUUGAAUUGGAUGCAAGCCUUGAAGAUUUGUACAUGGGUGGUUCCUUAAAGGUUUGGAGGGAGAAAAAUGUUUUAAAGCCAGCACCUGGGAAGAGACGCUGUAACUGUAGAAAUGAGGUUUAUCACAGGCAAAUUGGACCAGGGAUGUUUCAGCAGAUGACAGAGCAGGUCUGUGAGCAAUGUCCUAAUGUCAAAUAUGUAAGGGAGGGCUAUUUCGUCACUGUUGAUAUUGAGAAAGGCAUGCAAGAUGGACAGGAAGUUCUAUUUUAUGAGGAUGGUGAGCCCAUAAUUGAUGGAGAAUCUGGAGAUUUAAGGUUUCGAAUCCGUACUGCACCUCAUGAAGUCUUCAGGAGGGAAGGCAAUGACUUGCAUACAACUGUCACUAUAACUCUGGUUCAAGCCCUUGUUGGUUUUGAGAAGACCAUUAAACACUUAGAUGAGCAUCUGGUGGACAUAGGCUCAAAGGGCAUCACAAAUCCAAAGCAAGUAAGGAAGUUCAAAGGGGAAGGCAUGCCAUUGCAUAUGAGCACGAAGAAAGGAGAUCUUUACGUCACUUUUGAGGUUCUAUUCCCCACCUCACUAAAGGAGGAACAGAAAACAAAGAUUAAAGAAAUUCUUGAUUAGAAUACAUAUAAGAUACAUGUUUUUUCUCUCAUUAUGUUCUCGAUGUAACAUGAUUAGAUGGUUAUAGCAAACAAAUGCCUUGGGCUUCCUGCCCCCACCCUUUUUUGUUAGUUAACUAGGAGCCUUUUGCCAUUCAUAAUGAUGUGCGUCCUGUAACGCCUUCUUGGCGUGCUAUUUUGAUACAAGGAUAAUAUAACCCUAGCUCAAAACAAACAUUCGUCAGCUCUGUACUGUGUCUGAAAACAUUCAUCUUGUGUCUAAAUGAGCUGAAGUUGUGAGAUGGGAGUGAGUGGUUCUUUGAUAAGGUCGCCUAAAAGUUUGGUCUUGCAGAGUUGAUA